AUGGGCAACAUUGUGGUUUUGGCGGGGGACUUCAACCGCCACGACCUCCUCUGGGGCGGAGAUGAAGUGUCAGCGAGCAGACAAGGGGAGGGCCAGCCCAUCAUUGACCUGAUGGACGACUUUGGUCUUAGCAGCCUUCUCCGAGGAACGAAAACGUGGCAAAGGUCGGACGAGGAGAGCACCAUCGACUUGGUGCUGGCAUCGGCGGAACUGGCGGACGAGUUGACAUCCUGCGUGAUUCAUCCAACAGAGCACGGAUCAGACCAUAGAGCGAUCCAGACGACCUUCGACAUUCGAGUGCCGGAGCGUACCUUUCCGCAGCGCCUGAUGCUCAAGAACGCGCCGUGGAUCGCCAUCGCAACCAGGGUCGAGGACGAGCUUCGGCCUCUUCCGUGGACUGUGGGGGUGCAGACGCAGGCGGAUCAGCUCAUGCGGGUGGUCACCAAGGCGCUUCGAGAUCUGACUCCUCGAGCCCAGCCGCCGUCAUACGCGAAGCGAUGGUGGACAAAGGACCUGACGCGACUCCGUCGGACGUACACGUAUUGGCGCAAUCAAGCAAGGGCGCAGCGAAGAGCCGGUCAAUCGCGUCCGGAUCUGGAGCAGCGCGCCAGGAGGCUGCGAAGGAGUACCACGACAAUUUGCGGAGACAAAGAAGGCCCAUUGGGAUGA